AUUCAAAACCAUUUUAUUUCAAUCAAAUUCAUUUCAAUUACAUUGAAUUGAAUAUAAUAAAUAAAUUUUUAAUAAUAAAAAUGGCGAUGGCUUCAUUAUCAUUGAAUCCACCAUUGCCACCAAUAUCUCCUCGUAAGCUCAUUGACACUACUACUUCUCUUAAUUACGGCGCCGCCAACAACAACCUUAAACCGAUCGUAAUUUCCGGGGAUCCUCCAACGUUUGUGUCUGCUCCUGGUCGCCGCAUCGUUGCUGUUGGAGACUUGCACGGGGACCUUGCCAAAGCAAGAGGUGCACUUGAGCUGGCUGGUGUCUUGAGUUCAGAUGGUCAAGACACGUGGACUGGCCGAGAGACGGUCUUGGUUCAGCUUGGAGAUAUACUCGACAGGGGUGAAGAUGAAAUUGCUAUAUUGUCUUUGUUAAGGUCGCUGCAACUUCAGGCUAAAGAGCACGGUGGUGCUGUUUUCCAGGUGAAUGGAAAUCAUGAAACUAUGAAUGUUGAAGGGGAUUUUAGAUAUGUUGAUUCCGGGGCAUUUGAUGAAUGUUCAGACUUUCUAGAAUAUCUGGAUGAUUGUGGGCAUAACUGGGAAGAUGCUUUUUCUAGUUGGGCCGAAGUAUCUGAAAGCUGGAAAGAAGAGCGGAAAAUGUCACAAAGUUCUUGGGGCCCAUGGAACCUAGUAAAGCGGCAAAAGGGAGUAAUUGCAAGAUCAGUCCUUUUAAGACCAGGCGGUCCAUUGGCAUCUGAAUUGGCACGACAUCCUGUCGUUCUUAAAGUUGAUGAUUGGGUUUUCUGUCAUGGUGGACUUCUUCCCCAUCAUGUCACCUAUGGCAUCGAGAAGAUAAACAGUGAAGUCUCUAAAUGGAUGAUUAAUGUUAAUGAAGGUGAUGAUGAGUCACAAAUACCUUUUAUAGCUACCAGAGGUUAUGACAGUGUUGUGUGGAAUCGUUUAUACUCUAGAGAUACUGAUGAUUUAGAAGAUCAUCACAUUGAACAGAUUCAAUCUAUUCUUGACAGCACACUUCAAGUAGUUGGUGCGAAGGCAAUGGUAGUGGGACACACUCCACAAACUACAGGAGUGAAUUGUAAAUAUAACUGUAGCAUUUGGCGUGUUGAUGUGGGGAUGUCUAGUGGAGUUCUUGAUUCAAGACCCGAGGUUCUAGAAAUAAGAGGCGAUAAAACAAGGGUAAUAAGGAGUAAAUCAGAUUCAUUCAGUGAACUUCUGGCUGCAGAUUAUAUGUAGAUAACCACAAGGACUAAUUGUUGAAGAUGAACGCCCCAUACGUUUUUUGCCUGCAAUGGUAGGCGAUGCCUGACAGAUGGGCAACUAUUUAUUGGGCUUGGAUUCAUGGCAUGUAAGUAGGUAUAUCAUAGAAUAUGAUGCAAAGCCUUCUCUAGGCCAAAUUAUGUCUAUAUUGUAGUCUAUCUCCUCCUCUACUAGAGGAGGAGUUCGGCUGAUGUCACAAAAACGUAUGUGUCAACUAGAGGCAUGGUCCACGUACAUUUUUUACUAAAAUUGAUGAUGAAAUUGCUAUGUAUUCGAUGGUGUUUAUACUAUGUGUAUUUUGUAUAAAGUUGAGUUUUGUAUCAAAAGUUCUGAUAUACGUA